AUGUCAUUCGUUAGCAGAUUUCACGCGCUAUUCCGCCACACUACACUACACGGCAUUCUCUUCCCAUGUCUGUCGCAUUCGAGCAUAGGAAGGAUUCAGUCGUUUCGCUCAGCUGCUGCAGCUGACGCCGCUGGGGGUGCUGGCGCUGACGCCGCUGGGGGUGCUGGCGCUGACGCCGGUGGCCCUCCCGCCGCGGCCUCUGGCAGUGCUGGUUGGAUGGCGAAAUUUGAGCCCCAGUCAGACGCCAAUGACUCAUUUUCGGAAAAGACGAUUGAGGCAGCGGCGCCACAAUGUCACGCCGCCGCGGCAUUGCAGCAGCAGCAGAAGCAGAAGCAGCAGCAGCAGCGCGAGUCCUGCGAGAAGGUCGAGGACAAGACGACCAUGCGAUCUCAGCACCUGGUAUCACCGCCACCGAAGACGGAGGCGCAGCAGCAUGGUGCCUUGCCGUGUGAGCUGGCGCCCGGAUUACGGGAUUCGGCCAUGGGCGAAGGUUUUGAUGGAGGUUUGCCACGUCAGCAGCAGCAGCAGCAGCAGCAGCAGCAGCAGCAGCAGCAGCAGCAACGGACAUCUGAGUUGACUCGGCAUCAACACCAUGUAGCUGAUGGUUUCAAAUGGAAGAAGACGUCUCACAAGCGAUUAGCGGGCCAGCCUGUGAAGAGGCUCUACUUUGUUUGCUCAUCCAAGCAUGUCACGGGCUGCCCGGCAAAGAAAGUUGAGGAUCGAGUGGCCGGCGAGGCUCGUCACCCACGCCGCCCCAAGCUGAAAGGCGCCGUCUCAAAGGCCACAGCCGCCUCAAAAACUGCAGCCAUCUCAAGGAUUGCAGCUGUUCCAAAAGCUGCAGCCACUGCAAAAGCUCUCGCUACAGCCGGUGCUACAGCCGGUGCUACAGCCGGUGCUACAGCCGGUGCUACAGCCGGUGCUACAGCCGGUGCUACAGCCGGUGCUACAGCCGGUGCUACAGCCAGUGCUACAGCCAGUGCUACAGCCAGUGCUACAGCUGCUUGCUACUCUGCAGUCUUCCCAUGCCAGCAGGCCCCUCUUCCGCUACAGUUUUAG